GUUUUUCUUGCGACGUCAUUGAUAAUUUGUGACAAGGAAUUAGGUAUUUAUCAAUUUGCUGUGUUGACAUCACAAUCUAUAAAUUUGUCAGUGAAAAAUAAAGUUGAUCCAGUUGUACGAUGGCGGAUUUAGCAAAGCAAGGAAUGCUCUUAUUGAUGAGCGAAAAAUGCUAUGAAAAUUAUUUUGAAGACUUCAAUUUCUUUGAUGUACCAUGUUUCAAAGCACUACUUAGUAAAGGACUUGGACUUGGCAUCAUCGCAGGCUCUAUGUUAGUAAAAGUGCCGCAAAUUAUGAAAAUCUUAAAUAAUAAAUCAACUGAGGGAUUGUCGCUUGUGUCAGUGUUUCUUGAUCUCAUGGCAAUUACCUUCCAUAUGAGUUAUUCAUUUGUUAGUGGAUUUCCAUUUAGUGCGUGGGGUGAUGGAACAUUUUUAGCAUUUCAAACUGCUACUAUCGCUGCCCUAAUUUUCUUUUAUGGCCAUCGUUCGCCAGUGAGGUCAUUUCUGUUCACCGCUCUUUAUGGUGUUCUUGUUUACAUCCUUAUGGGUGGCAUGACGCCAUUAGAAUUCCUUUGGUCGGCACAAGGUUUCAAUGUUCCUAUUCUUCUCGUUGGAAAACUUUCUCAAGCAGUCACAAAUUAUCGUAAUGGCGGCACUGGACAGUUGUCAGCAGCAACUUGUUUCAUGCUGUUCUUUGGAUCACUUGCCAGAAUUUUCACAUCAAUUCAAGAGACUGGAGACAACAUGAUGAUUCUAACGUAUAGUGUCUCGACAUUUGCAAAUGCUGUCAUUAUUGCUCAACUACUUUACUAUUGGAACUUACCAACGGGACCAAAGAUUCCAGCACACGAUGUCAAAGAUUCCAAAGCACAGAAAUCGAAGAAAGCAAAAAAGGCUGACUAGACGAACAAAAUAAUGUCAAAAGACUUCUUCUAACUAUCUAGUUCAAUAAUAGAUAAAGUUCUAAUGUAUAGGGAGGGGAUAACUUUCAUUUUAUUCAAUUUAGUUUUAAGAUAAAUAGAAAAUCUUUUCUUUUAACUAAAUAAAACCAUUCGAAAUCUUUAAAAUUAAAAAUUCCAUGAAAAUUCCAUAAAAUGUGACGCUUCUGUUAUCAAAUAAUGAUUAUUUGAAUUGUAGCGAAAUAAAAGAGAAGAAAACGAAUAAAAAUGACAUAAAAUAUGAGUGAGAUGAA